AUGGGCGCGUCGACGGCGACGCGCGUCCCGGACGUCGCGAACGCGCGCGCGCGCGAGCGCGGCGCCGCGCGAGCGCUCGCGCGGACGAUGAGUCACGCGGCGCCGCUCUUGGCGUUGUUGGUCGCGAUCGCGCUCGCGCUCGCCGUCGCGGGCGUCUCCACGAUCCGAGGGCGCUCGAGGGACUUCUCGCGGUUCUUUUCGUCCAUCGACGGCGACGGUGAUGGGUCGCUGACGAUGCGGGAGCUGUCGAGGUACCUGGAGGGAGGAAACGGCGAGACGGCGAGCGGACGGGACGCGCUGAAGAUGUUAGACAGCGAUAGCGACGAAGAUGAGACGGUGUCGCCGCGGGAGUUGCGGUUGGCGGCGACGACGAUGCUGAGCCCGCACGAGGUCGAGCGCUGGGUGCGACACGGAGUCGGGUUGGGGGAGUUUGCGAGGGAAUUUCGAGAGCGCGGGUUGACGCUUCUCGAUUUUCCGACGUUGUUGGCGAACGACGGCGCCGAGUUGGAAGAGAUUGGAGUCGGGGUCGGGCGCCGAAGGGAGCGAUUGAUUCGAGCGAUGAAACGACAGUUGCUGCGAGUGGGUCGAGCGCCGUCGAUGCCGAGACGGGUGACGGCGCACGUCGAGGACGACUUUGUGCGCAUCACGUGGAGACGACCGAAAGAUUUGGGAUCGCCCGAGACGCACGAGUACGAGGUGCAGACCGCCAUGGGGGUCGGUGGUACAGUUUUAAAGUGGUCGCACGCGAUUAGCGUCGAUUCAUCGACGUUCACGGCGCGCGUGAGCGGCUUGAGUCGGGCUCCAGGCGUGCGUCACAAAUUCAGCGUCGUGGCGUGGAACGAAUUCGGGCACAGUGCGGACGCGAGUUCAAAUUGGGUCGCGACGGGGAUCCCCGUCACCAAAAAGGCGACCGGUCAGUUGAGCGCGGUGAUUAGCUUUCUCUUCGCCUUUCGCUUUGUCGUCGCGUCCAGAGGAAUAAUUGCGCGCUUCUGCUUUCUUCUCGUGGGACUGGUAAAGUUUGCAAUUGCUCGAGCAAGGGGAGACGACGAGAUCUCCGUGCGCGAGUGCGCCGCGAAGGCGAGGUCUUUCAUCGUGCGAGAGCCCUCGUCUCCCGUCGCCACGAAUAUUAUCACGGAUCGGAAGUUGUUCACGCCCACAAAGGUGCUCACACACGAACGACAGAGUAGCGUGAGCGAGAGCGGGGACCUGUCGAGUUUGCAUCGAACGCAAUCGAUGAGCUCACUCAAGGAACAGGCGCGCGCCAACCUAAACGAGGCGGAGUUUAGCACCGGUGCGGGUGGAUCCGAUGGAUUCUCGCCUGUGCAUCAGAGCUUACUGACGCAGCACUCGUUUGCAAAGCAAAUGCGCGUGGUUGAUCACGACCGCGAAGAAUCUUUGCGACAACGCGCGUCGCGCCCGCUGUCGAUCCACAAGUGCAACGAGGAUGGGUGUAAAGUGAGUUGGAAGCAGUCAGCUAGAAUCGUGCGGCAUUUUUGCGGAUUGUGCCAGGCUUGGUACUGCGAAGGCCACACGCAAGUAUCUCCGCACGGCAAGCGCGGCACGUGUAAGCCGGAAUCCCAGUGCGUCUGUCAAUACUGCUAUAAUGACCUGUCGUUAGAGCAGCAAAAGGAAUUGGACGAAGACAACGCGUACUCUUUGAACGGAGCUCAGAAAGUGAAGCGCUCACCGCUCGCGAAAUUGACGGCGAAAAUCCGUCGGUCCCGCGUGAAGGCAAAAGAGAGAGCCGGCGACAAUGUGCUGCUGCAACACGCGCUCGACGCCGACGCCGCACUUCCGACGAAAACGAUUCGAUAA